AUGAAAAUAUAAAACAGGUGUGUCUGAGCGCCCCAUUACCCUGCAGCCAGCCCCCCAUCCAGGCCCCCAGAGGUUCAGCCCCCCGCCCAGUACCCUCCACCGUCACCAUCCCCUCAUUAUGACCACCAGACUCCACCUGUUGAGCCCCCCUGUCCCACAGAGCCCCCCUACCCUCAGCCGGCCUACCAGGGGGUCACCCAGCCCCAGAGGAUGCCUGUACCCUGGCAGCCGAUGCCCCCACCCAGAAACCCCAGCUACCCAGUCGGGUACGCCUCACCUCCGCCACCGUUCCCAGGUGCCCCACCCACCUCCUCUCAGGGGUACCACCCUGGACAGGGUCCAGUGCACCCCAUGUACCCCUCAGGUGGACCGCAGUACCCCCGGUAUCCUCUGGGGUACCAACCUUCAUCCACACCUGAGGAGCUGCAGGUGAGCCAGGGGGUGAUGGAGCAGCUGCAGCCCACUAACGGUGACUCCAUGGUGGGGCACGGCCUGGUCAGGGUCCUGGGUCCGCUGGAGGGUCCGCCUGCUGCUAACGUUGCUAACACUGACAACAACCGAACCAUCAUAGUUACUUCUAAUUAUGCGGUGAAGGAGGGCAACAGUUUGACCCGAACCGUGCUGCUGGUGGACCCACCACUCAACAAUGAACCCAUACUCGCUGUGGUUUCUGACCCGGACAUCAAAGAAGCCUCCAAGGCGACCAUGAAGCCCGGCAGCAUCCCGGGCUCUCCGUCGUCCUACCGGGGCCACCGGAGACCGCACAACCCCGCCAAGACCUACAUCCCAUCUGGCGUCCCGGAUCCCGCCCAGCUGGGCUACCCGCUGGCCAUGGGCGAGCCGCUGUCGGUGGCGUGCAGCACAGAGGAGGACUUCGAGGGCGAGGGGUACCCCGUGAACUCAUCCGGGCGGAGGAGGGGCUACAGGGGGCGGGGUCGAGAGGGUGGGUACUAGCUGUUUUUGUUUUUCUGCUUCUGAACGCCUCUCUGUGAAAACCAAACACUGUUUCUGUUCUGGUCUUUCCUCGGCGCGUACAAUCUGAAGUUUACAUUUCUGAUCAGCUGAAUGUAAAAAUAAAAGCUUCAAGUUUCCUUUGAACCUAACGUCGGUGAUGGAACUGAUGUUUGAACUUGGAGAUGAAUGAGCUGGGAUGUUUUAACACGAACAUUUAAACACUGCUGUCUUUUAGCUGAAUGAACGGAUGAACUCUGACUCCGAGUGGAGCCUCGUCUGUAACGUUUAGAGCUGCAGGGUUUCUGGAUGUUGGUUUUUAGAUGCUGCUGGUUUCACCUGAUCUCUGCCGUGCCUUAAGUUACCUUUGAUCCGGUCCGAAACACUGCUGUACAGAACCAAAAACAUGUCUGCCUUCAGUUGUUUUCUAUGUGUUGAAUUAAUAAAAAUCUGCUUUAAA